AUGGAUCCCCAGCAGCAGAAUAAUGGAUUUGGACCAAUUUCGAAGCCUCGCGGAAGGACUUCCGUCAUAACUGCGUCAUUUCUGAUCGUUUUGUCUGGUGCCAUUCACUGCGUUUACUUUAAAAUCGCUUAUUCUUCGGAAGACAAAGAAGGCAGAGUCGAAUUCCAUUUUCUUCUCUUUGGUUUUGCCCUUCUCAUUCUGAGUUUCGUCCUCGGCGAGCUUGUGCGAAGACUGUGUUUGGUGAGUGAAGAAAUUCGCCACAAGGAGGCUCGAUAUAAAGGAAGUUGGAAAAAGGUUUUUACUUCCACUUUCACUUUCAGACAUGGCCGAACUGUUCUGGUAGUUUGUAUUGCUUCCCUUCUUUUUGUGUUUUAUGUCUUGUACGAACAUUGUAACACCUGUUGCCGUUCAGAAUACGCGAUCCUUUUCUCCCUUAACUGCUUUCUUUUACCACACGUAUUGUUUCUUAUCGGUUUACGAGGGAUUUCUAGCGUGGAAUUAUCACAGAUCAACGAAAAUAAUAACAAAAAUGUGGCUGAUGGUCUAGCUUGGGGCUACUAUUUUGGCUACUUGAAGAUGGUUCUUCCAAUUCUUGCUAAGAGGAUCGGACAGACGGAUUACAAGUACCUGAUUCCGAUCCACAAGCUGUUUAUUUUGAUACCAAAAACAUGCUACAUAUACGAUAGCAUUGAGAAGGCAGACCAUAGAAUGAAAUUUGUUGAUAAUCUCACCUUAACUGUGAGUAGUCGAGGUGGAGUAUCGAAGCUUCCGUACAAAACCAGCGUGCACCGAAUAGAGAUGCUACGCCCAGAUGGAACGAAUGAUCCGGAACCCCCUCACGUGGCAGUGGAGUAUGCUGUUCCUCUGAGGUCCUUGUAUGCUAUGUCUGAGGAAGGUGUAGUGGGUGGCCAAGAGCGAGAUGAGCAGGUAAUUCUAAAGUUGACGUGUGAAAAAAAGUUUCCCGGUCAAAAUAUUCAUGUUGGUGUCUAAAUCUAUUUAUAUCAUUAUACUUUAAACUCACUGUCUUCUCACAGGCUCAGAGUCUACAGUAAUAAUUUUGGAAAUAAGCGUAACCUACCCUUAGUCAUCUGCUAGCGCAGUUCUUGAUUUUCCCCUUAUAAAAUUAUUUUAGCUGGAGAAAAAAUUAUUAUUGCUACUAACUGGCUAAAUUCAAAUUUGUUUUGGCUCAUGUGAAGUUUGGUGUUUGAACCUGGCUUAUUAAUAUAGCAGCUGACAACAUUACAACAACCUGUUUUUUUGGCCUUGCGUCUGUGUUGUCAAUAUCUAUGUUCCUUACUGCAAGUAAAUAAACUUGUUGUGUGUGGCCAAAUUAUGGUAGUAAAAGAAAAACCCUGUUGUCACAUGACAACAUAAUCAAUUAUGAAAGGAAUAACACACAAAUAUAUAGAGUCUCCAACAAGCAGAAGAGAGAAAGGUUUUUUUUACAUUUAUUUGAAUGGAUUCAAAUUUUGCUACUUAACUCUAUCAUAUUUCUGAAAAUCCUUUUUGCUGAUAGGUGGUACUGUUUAUCCGUAAAUUGAGAGAAAUCUUGGAUGGUUCUGAAGAAUGUAGAGGGAAGUAUGAAUUAGUGCCAAUUUCAGGAGAAGAAAACCAGAUUUCUGAUGUGUUACUACGCAUACUUCAUGAUGAACGCCUACAGAUGAAUGAAAGAGCUGGAGCAGAAUAA